AUGGGUCAAGAAGUUUCUGCCGUUCCUGAAACGACCAAGCCUGAGAACCUCUCAGAGCGCAGCCUGCCCGCGGUCGCCGACUACAUCAAGUCCGGCAAAGCUCGCAAGGUUGUUGUCUUGACGGGCGCGGGUAUUUCGACUGCUGCUGGCAUUCCUGACUUCCGCUCUCCCGAGACUGGCCUCUACGCCAACUUGGCCGCCUUGGAACUUGAGGAGCCCGAAGAUGUCUUCAGCUUGCCUUUUUUCAAGGAAAACCCCAAGCCAUUCUACGUGCUCGCAAAGGACCUUUAUCCAGGCAAAUUCCACCCUACCAUCUCGCAUGUCUUCAUCAGCCUCCUCGCCACCAAGGGCCUCCUGUACCAGCUCUUCACGCAAAACAUUGACUGUUUGGAGCGCGCCGCCGGUGUCCCCGCCGACCUGAUCGUCGAGGCCCACGGCAGCUUCGCUUCCCAACGCUGCAUCGAUUGCAAGACGCCCUAUCCGGACGAUAAGAUGCGCGAACAUGUCAGCCGUGCCGAGGUGCCACAUUGCGAAAAGUGCAACGGUCUGGUCAAGCCCGACAUCGUCUUCUUCCACGAGAACCUCCCCUCCCUAUUCUUCGACAGGAGGCACAUGGCCGAGGAAGCUGAUCUGAUCCUCGUUCUCGGCACCAGCUUAACCGUCCAUCCCUUCGCCGGUCUUCCCGAUCUUGCCCCCUUCGAAGUUCCUCGCGUCUUGUUCAACAUGGAACGCGUAGGGUCUCUGGGCUCUCAACCCGAUGACGUCCUUGUCCUCGGAGACUGCGACACUGGUGUGCGGCAGCUGGCUAACGCGCUCGGGUGGCGCGAGGAGCUGGAGGCCGAGUGGAGGAAGCUGGUAGGCGAUGAGGAGGCGGACAGGCAGUUGGAGGGUUCGUCAAAACGCCAGGUCGAGCUCCAUGAUGAGGUCUCGCAGCUGGUUCAUGAUGUCGAUAAGGUACUGCAUGUGCACGACGUGAGCAGCAGCGGCAGUAGUUCGCCUAGUCCUGAGGCUGUUGCAGAGAAAGAACCAAUUGCGGCAACUCAGCAGGAAGUGCAGCAGAGCGAAUCUGCCUCGGUUAAGGAAAGUGUCGAAACAACAACGUUGACAGAGGAGGUCAAGGUUUCCGGCGCUUGAGGAACGGAGUGGCGCAGGCGUCACGUAGAAGACAUGGUUUGGAUCAGGUUGAAGCCGGGUAUUCAAUAGAGGGAUGUGUCAUCGAAGGACUUAACACCGGCCGUACGAUAUC